AUUAAAUGCAUUUACGCAUUAGCAGAUCAAUUAUGUAAAACAGUUCAAAUUCAUUUCCCUCCAACAAAAAAAAAAAAAAAGGAAAGAAAGGAAGAAAAAGAAAGAUGAUAACAUUAAUUGAAUGAAGAAGGUUAGAAGGUUAUGGUUCAAGUUCAGAGUGAGGGACAUUUAUUUAUGAAUAUAAAUACAGAUGACCAACCCAGAAGUCCCAAGUGUCAGAGUUAUUCACUCACUCACAUAAACCAAUCAUUAUUCUAAAACACACACACAAAAAAUGAAUGGGCUUCUUCUUCCUCUUCUUCUUCUUCUUGUUUCCCAUGCUUUUGUGAUAGCCGCAGCUGCUGCAAGUGGUAAUGAAACAGCAGGAAUGAAAGUGAUGUUGCAGAAGAACCAUUCAAAAAUGUCCACUUUCUUGAUUUUUGGUGACUCCACGGUAGACCCUGGAAAUAACAAUUAUAUAGCGACAUUUUCCAAGAGCAAUUUCCCACCUUAUGGCAAGGAUUUCUUGAACCAUUGCCCUACUGGAAGGUUCACUAAUGGCAAGCUUGUCACUGAUUUCAUCGCUGGUUAUGUGGGGAUAAAAGAAACAGUUCCUCCAUAUUUGGAUCCAACACUCAGCAUUGAGGACCUAAAAUCCGGAGUUAGUUUUGCUUCCGGGGGUUCGGGUUACGACCCUGUUACUGCUGGAUUAAGCAGCGUGAUACCAUUACAACAGCAACUGGAUUAUUUCAGAGAAUACAAAGCCAGAAUUCAACAAGCAAUUGGGAAGGAGAGAGCCAACUCACUGAUUAAGAAUGCAGCUUUCCUUAUAAGUUGUGGGACGAAUGACUAUGUAGUAAAUUACUUCAGUACACCUCUGAGGCAGUAUACUUACUCACUCCCACAAUACCAGCAACUUGUGUUAAAACUUGUUCGUAAAUUCAUCCUGGGUUUAGCAGCAGAAGGAGCGCAAAGAAUUGUGGUUGUGGGACUUCCGCCAAUGGGCUGUCUCCCCAUUGUAAUAACCUUGAACUCCAAAGACGCAUUUAACAACCGACAUUGCAUCGAGAAAUUUUCUUCAGCAGCAAGGAAUUAUAAUUUGGAGCUUCAAAAAUUACUACACACUCUUCGACGCCCCAACCUUGAGUUACUUUACGCUGACAUUUACACUCCAUUGGACGACAUGAUUACAACUCCUUCCAAAUAUGGUUUGUCCACACAAUUUUGAUUCUUUCUCAACUUUUAAUUAUUUAUCAAAAAUCAAGUUCUUCCUUGAGACAAACGAUCUUCUCAAUUUGAAAAAUUCAAAAUUCAAUGUAAACAAUUUUUUUUUAACACAGAACAAUACUUUUUUUUUCAGAAACAAUGCUAUUUAUUACAUCACGAUAAUCGCUACUAUAUUCUUACUUUUCUCUUCACUUUGUUUUAUGUUCGAAAAUGUUUUGAUGUAGGUUACACCAACAUAAAUAGUGGGUGUUGUGGGACAGGACUUCUGGAAGGAGGGAUUCUGUGCAAUCCGAACACCUUCACUUGUCCUGAUGACUCAAAGUAUGUUUUCUGGGACUCGGUUCACCCAACUCAGGCCACGUAUUACAACCUCUUCAAAGCACUGCGUCCUACGGUUGAUGCCUUCCUUAAUUAAUUUCUCCCAAGGGAUAAAAUUGAUCGUUGGUGUUCUUCCUUCAUUCUGUAAAUGGCAUUUAAAAAAAAAAGGCAUUUUCCGGAGUUUGUCAAAUUAAUAUAAAUAUUCAUCUGUAUACAAAGUAACAUUUAUAUUUGUUAAUAGUUACUCCACAAAAAAUACAGGUGUCUUUUCUGAUUGGUUAUAAGAAACAUAUAUAUAGUCUUCUAUCUUCCCCUUCUUACGAGUCUUACCUCAGGGAAUAAAUGCUCCAUCAAUGCCCCGGUCCAUUGAAACGCCAUGAGAUAAAGACGUGCACCCAUAAUAACCAAAAAAAAUUUUAUUUCUUAAAAAAAUGAAAUGAACAAAAAUUAAUUUUUAAGAUCUAAAAACGUGACAAAAACUACGUUUUGUAUAUUGUAUGUAAGAAAUAAAAAUUGGAAAUGAGAGUAAGUCAAC